AUGGCAUAUGCUAACCACACGAUGGAGCUCAAUGGGGGAAGAUCAAAAAAGCAAAAACCACUGUUUGCACGCCUUGAGUUAAACAUUGAGGAAGAAAAUUUGGUAAUAUUCAAGAAGCUGUAUGUUAUGGUUUUGGAGAAUGUUGGGAUGUCAUAUGAUGUACAAGAAUCCUUUCAUACAGAAGGUUACUUCACCAUAAAGGUUACUCCACUUGGGGCUAACUUGUGUCUACUAGAAGAAAUGGAAGAAGGAGAACUGAAGAUCAUAAUGGAUGAGGCUCAAGACUGGUUAGCUCAGUGGUUCUCAUAG